UCGUGUUUUUCUUUCUAAACAUUGUGAGCUUAUGAUUUUUGGCACAUUCGCAAUAUGUUCCUCCUAGUAUAUUGUACGGUUUAAACUUUAAAUUAAAAUAUUUGUUGAUCGAAACAGAUACAUCUUGCGGGUGUGACGUGUUGACAGUCACUUUUGACUCUUGCCGCCUUCAAGGGGUAAAGGCAGAGUUGUCUGCUCUUUGUUUAUUUACAGGUCCACGUGCGAGCGACAUGACUGUUUCUCUACGAACGAAUUUCGAACGUGAGCAUUAUUCGAUUCGUUGUGACAAUCUAUUAUUAAUAUACACUAUUCUGUUUUUGUGGUUUCGCACACUAUUAGUAAAGAUUUGUGCAACAAACAGCACACUUACGAUAGGACUACGAUAUUGACCUGGACCGGUAGACAGUACAAAAAAAGCAGCGCCAUCGUCCUCUGCAAUUGUUCCGCAAUUAAUGGUGGGUAACCCCAACAAACACGAAACGACCAUAAUGAAGAAAAAAAUGAGACAGAAACAGUCUUCAUUGCCGGAAGAACUUCGCCAAGAUGAUCGUUUCAAGGAUGUGAUUUCCGAUCCGAAGUUCCGGCUGAUACCAAAAAAAGAAGCUAAGGUCAAAAUUGAUCAGAGAUUUGGGAGAAUGUUUACCGAUAAACGCUUUAAAAUCAAAGCUACCAUGGACAAAAGAGGUCGACCUGUAAGCACGACCAGUGCUGAAGAUCUCAGGCGUUACUAUCAUUUAGAUGAGAGUGACAACGGGGAUACGGAUGACGCUAGUGACGGUAACGAAAACGCGACAUGCCUAUCGUCAGAUAGUGCACCUGUAAAAUUGCGGCAGACAGAUCAGGUACGACGAGAUGAGAAAGUUUGCAAGAAAAGCACAAAAUUUAAAACGAAACUAAUUGUCAAAAAAAAAAAAACGUCAAAACCAAGCUCCGAUUCCGAGGACUCAGAAGGAGAACUUCUGGAUUUCGCUCGGGGUGAAGGAAACAUCGAAACGUCGGAAGACGAUAGCUCAGAUUCGUCGGAUGAUGGAGCGGCGAUUCAUCGAGCUGAAAAAGAACAGGAAAUCGAAUGGGAUGAAUUAGAUAAAGAUGCACCAAGGAGCGACGAUAUAUCAAGACGUUUAGCUGUCUGUAAUAUGGACUGGCAUAAUAUCAAAGCGGCUGAUCUGUUCGUUUUGAUGGAAUCAUUUGCAUUAAAUGGCGGUAUUGUUAAGGCUGUUACAAUUUAUCCGUCAGAGUUUGGCAAAGAGAGAAUGCUUGAAGAAGCUAAACGAGGUCCAAGACUAAAGGCUAGAAAUGAACAGGCUUUAAGAAAAUAUGAAUUUGAACGGUUAAGAUACUAUUAUGCUGUUGUGGAGUGUGACAACUCAGAUACUGCCAACAACAUAUACGAAAGCUGUGAUGGAAUGGAGUAUCAGUCAUCCGGGGCCAAGCUGGAUCUGCGCUUUAUUCCAGAUGAAAUUGUGUUUGACGAAAAAGAAAGAACUGAUUUUUGUGAUUCUUCACCGCAGGACUAUGAACCUGUUGACUUCAUCAAUUCGGCGUUGAUGCUUUCAACGUGUGAGAGCAGUUGGGAUGGCGAUGAUCUCCGGAGACGUAAGGCUUUAUCAAAAGCAUAUUCUAGCGACUCAAAGAACAAGCGACAACGUGCAGCUGGUCUGAAGCCUAACGAUAUUGACAAAAUGGCCGAGUACUUAAAAACCUAUAUAGCUUCUUCGGAUAACGAAGAUGCUUCGGACGCUGAGAAAAUUGACACAGAUCAAUAUAGAAAAUUAUUGCAGUUAGGCGACGGUAAUAAGGACGAUCAACAGUCGGAUUCGGACACCGAUGAUGAGGAGGGUGGUAACAAAGAGAUCACGUUCAAUCCUGAGCUAAACGCAACCGUUGACCGACGACGAAAAGAAAAAAACGAUAGUGAAAAGGUGUCGAAGCCGACACCGUUCCAAGAAUACCUUCAACGUAAAAAAGAAAAGAAACGCGAGAAGCGACAGUUGGAGCGCGAAAGAAAGAAACAGGAGAGAGCUUUCUCCGAUGACGAUUUGCCUGAAGGCGUUGAAGAUGAUCCAUUCUUUGAGAUUGGUAGAAAUGGCGGCACCAAUAAGAGACAUAAGGGUGAUCAGAAUUCUAGUAAAGUUGAAACUAACGAGGUUAACGAGCAGAUCGAAGCGAAACGCCGUCAGCAGCUUGAGCUACUGCUUAUGGAUGAGGAAGAUGAUGGCAGAAAACACUUCUCACUUAAAAAGAUUCUAAAAACUGAGCAAACAACUAACGGGAAAAGCAAGAAAAAAGGCAAAGUUGCAACCGAAGAUGAUGACAACUUCAAGAUAAACUUAGAUGAUUCUCGGUUUGCAGCAAUUUAUUCAGAUCAUCGGUUUAACAUCGAUCCUACGGAUCUUGGCUACAAGAAGACCAAAGCAAUGGAGGCGAUAAUGACAGAAAAGGCAAAACGGCGAAAACUUAUCUAAGUGUUUUAAGAACUUAGUUAUUAUUUGUUGCAGUACAGAUUAGUUAAAUGCCGAAAUGUUGCAUUGUCUAACAGUCUAUGAGGCCCAGCAAAAAUAUAUUUUCAAGUUUCGGAAUCAAGUAGUUAGUAAUAUAUGAACGAAAGUUAUUAAACGAGGUACUACAAAGGGAAUACCUAGAGCAUUCUAUGUAAAAUGAACGCCGUACGGAGCAAUGUGAAAUUUUUAUAUAUACAGUAGAACUUUUCUCGUCCAUGUAUCAGUUCGUGUUAUUGCUCCUCUACUGACUAUGAAUAAUAAGAUUUAUAGUUACGGAGAGUGUUAUGAUAGAUCAUUUCUUUAAUUUGUCAUGAGUCCAUACUUUUAAUAUUCUUUUCCGUAACCUCAGUGCAGUCUUACGACGUUUUUUUAAAUAUUUUUUUUCUCAACCGCAGUGCAGCCUUUUUUUUCUCAACCGCAGUGCAGCUGUAUGACG